ACCGCCCAGGAGCCCCAAGAUCGGCCGCUGCCGGGCCCUAGCGCCCCCCGUAUUACCAGGCGUGCCCCGCAGAAUGCUCUCCAACUUUCCUCCCCUGAUGCCACCUCAUCGCGGCUGGACACAUCGUCUCAGGCGGCGGCAGUAGCGGCGACGGCGGCGCCCGGGAGCCCGAGCCUUCGCGGCGCCCCCGUCCCUCCCCCGCCGCACCCCGCCCCGGCGCGAGAGGAGAGCGCGAGAGCCCGAGCCGCGGGCGGGCGGGCGGCGAAGAUGGCAGAGGCGCCGGCCUCCCCGGCCCCGCUCUCUCCGCUCGAAGUGGAGCUGGACCCGGAGUUCGAGCCCCAAAGCCGGCCGCGCUCCUGUACGUGGCCCCUGCAGAGGCCGGAGCUCCAGGGGAGCCCGGCCAAGCCCUCGGGGGAGGCGGCCGCUGACUCCAUGAUCCCCGAGGAGGAGGACGAUGAAGACGACGAGGACGGCGGCGGUAGGGCCGGCUCGGCCAUGGCGAUCGGCGGCGGCGCGGGCGGCCCCCUGGGCUCUGGGCUGCUCCUGGAGGACUCGGCUCGGCUGCUAGCUCCGGGAGGGCAGGACCCCGGGUCCGGGCCAGCCCCCGCGGCGGGCGCGCUGAGCGGGGGGACGCAGACGCCGCUGCAGCCUCAGCAGACACUGCCACCGCCGCAGCCGGGGGCGGCUGGGGGCUCCGGGCAGCCGAGGAAAUGCUCGUCGCGGCGGAACGCCUGGGGGAACCUGUCAUACGCCGACCUGAUCACUCGCGCCAUCGAGAGCUCCCCGGACAAACGUCUCACUCUGUCCCAGAUCUACGAGUGGAUGGUGCGCUGCGUGCCCUACUUCAAGGAUAAGGGCGACAGCAACAGCUCUGCCGGCUGGAAGAACUCUAUCCGGCACAACCUGUCGCUGCACAGCCGGUUCAUGCGGGUUCAGAAUGAGGGGACCGGCAAGAGCUCAUGGUGGAUCAUCAACCCCGACGGGGGGAAGAGCGGGAAGGCGCCCCGGCGGCGGGCUGUCUCCAUGGACAACAGCAACAAGUACACCAAGAGCCGGGGCCGUGCAGCCAAGAAGAAGGCAGCCCUGCAGACCGCCACCGAGUCAGCAGACGACAGUCCCUCCCAGCUCUCCAAGUGGCCCGGCAGCCCCACGUCCGCAGCAGUGAUGAGCUGGACGCGUGGACCGACUUCCGCUCACGCACCAAUUCCAAUGCCAGCACAGUCAGUGGCCGCCUGUCCCCUAUCCUCUAGCACGGAGUUGGACGACGUUCAGGACGAUGACGCGCCACUCUCCCAUGCUCUACAGCAGCUCGGCCAGCCUGUCCCCCUCCGUCAGCAAGCCUGCACCGUGGAGCUGCCCCGGCUGACCGACAUGGCGGGCACCAUGAAUCUGAACGACGGGCUGGCCGACAACCUCAUGGACGACCUGCUGGACAACAUCGCGCUCCCUGCGUCCCAGCCGUCGCCCCCCGGGGGGCUCAUGCAGCGCAGCUCCAGCUUCCCAUACACCACCAAGGGCUCCGGCCUGGGCUCCCCCACCAGCUCUUUCAGCAGCACGGUGUUUGGCCCCUCGUCUCUGAACUCCCUGCGUCAGUCUCCCAUGCAGACCAUCCAAGAGAACAAGCCAGCCACCUUCUCUUCCAUGUCACACUAUGGCAACCAGACACUCCAGGACCUGCUCACGUCGGACUCACUCAGCCACAGCGAUGUCAUGAUGACCCAGUCGGACCCCUUGAUGUCUCAGGCCAGCACCGCUGUGUCCGCCCAGAACUCCCGCCGGAACGUGAUGCUUCGCAGUGAUCCAAUGAUGUCCUUUGCCGCCCAGCCUAACCAGGGGAGUUUGGUCAAUCAGAACUUGCUCCACCACCAGCACCAAACCCAGGGCGCUCUCGGUGGCAGCCGUGCCUUGUCAAGUUCCGUCAGCAACAUGGGCUUGAGCGAUUCCAGCAGCCUCGGGUCAGCCAAACACCAGCAGCAGUCUCCUGUCAGCCAGUCUAUGCAAACCCUCUCGGACUCUCUCUCAGGCUCCUCCUUGUACUCAGCUAGUGCACACCUUCCCGUCAUGGGCCACGAGAAGUUCCCCAGCGACUUGGACCUGGACAUGUUCAAUGGGAGCUUGGAAUGUGACAUGGAGUCCAUCAUCCGUAGCGAACUCAUGGAUGCUGAUGGGUUGGAUUUUAACUUUGAUUCCCUCAUCUCCACACAGAACGUUGUUGGUUUGAACGUGGGGAGCUUCACUGGUGCUAAGCAGGCCUCAUCUCAGAGCUGGGUGCCAGGCUGAAGGCUCACUGAGGAAAGGGGAAGUGGGCAGAGCAGACCCUCAAACUGACACAAGACCUACAGAGAAAACCCUUUGCCAAAUCUGCUCUCAGCAAGUGGACAGUGAUACCGUUUACAGCUUAAC